CUGUAGCGAGAUUCAGUGCCCAACGUCGCCUGGCCAACAUCCUACUUGGGUGCUUUCCAUGCCCUCAAUCGUACUAUUCAGAGGGGCGGAUGGUGGGCUUUACGUGAUUUCGUCGGCUGACCUCAGCGGAAAGGGAGGUGGAGGCGCGAGCAAUCAGACCAAGAUUAGACGAGGGUGUCAGCUACAGUAUAGACCAGCACAGACCUUCCCGUCCUCAGUCAAGCAUCAUCAUACCCUGAUCAACCUGACUGUCUGUACCUACGUCGCAUCAUCUGCCCACCAUUCCGCGCCUACUCCGCAAACUCUUCUCGCUGGCGACUCUCACCUCGCUCGCUCUGCCCAGCACAACACGUCGACUAGCCUCGCACUCCCCCGCCCACUUCAGCAUGUCCUCCAUGGAACCCUCUACGAAUGUCUUCUCCCAGCCCCUAGCACAAUGCUCCACUCAACCUCUGACCGGCUUCUUUCGAGAUGGAUACUGUAAUACGGCGCCUGCUGACGGAGGCUCGCACACACUCGCUGCGCAGGUUACACCGGAGUUCCUGGAGUUUAGUAAGAGCAGGGGAAAUGAUUUGACGAGUAUCCUCAGUGGUGGGUGCAAGUGGUGUCUAUGCGUCACAAGGUGGAAGGAGGCUUUGACUGCAUAUAGGAGCGGCGAGGUUGGAAGGUCGGCGGUACCUAGCGUCAUCCUCCCUGCCACACAUCAGCUGGCACUCAAGUCGGUGACCUUGCAGGACUUGCAGGAAUUCUCCAUUGACAAGCAGGGAGGCAGUGGGAAUGCUCCAGACCCAUCUGCUGGCGGACCUAUCCGCUAAGGCCACUUGCUACGGGGUAUUGGGUGACUUGAGCAGGAUGGACGACUUGAGUGUAUUGCAGCAAUAUCCUCGCAAUUCUUCACACACGGCAUAGUAUAAAUUUCACACAAUGGCAUUGUUUCCGCAAUCUCU